CUUGUGGGAUGGAGAUCUAUAUUUUUGUAAUUUUUAGGUAAUUUGAAAUAAACGUAUUUAAAUAAAUGUAUAAUUGAAGGUUUUCAUAAUAUAUGCAACGUUAUAUGACUCUUUAGUUGCAAUAAAUGUUAGUCGAAAGCAAUUUCAAAAUAAGCAAUUACAUGCUAAAAGGUAUCAUUAAUACAAUCGUUACAUUUCUAUAAUUUUUUGAAUUGUGACACGCUGGCGUAUGUAGCUUGCUUAUUUUUUAUAAUAUAGAAUUUUAUCUGUCUAUACAGGCGACGAUAAUUCGCACGAUAUGCAAGUGAAACCUUUCAAAAUAUUUUCAGUCUCAUUAACUCGUUAAAUACAUAUAAAAGGAAUCAUUCAAACCGGUAUCAAAAUUACAUCGAAUAACCAUGGACACCGAUGUAGACAUAGACGAAACAAAUCUAAAGGACGAAGAACAAGUUCUGAUUGUCGUGGAGAACACCUUGAGCACCGUCGAGAAAAGUAUGUGCAAAUUUAUAAAGGACGUUCCAGAGGCAUUGGCCGCCUCUGGAUUGGAAGUUAACCUAGAAAAACUAAACAUAGACGAUGGUAAAAAGAUACUGCAGCUUCUUCAUCCGUUUCCCAAAUCGUUUACCGAUCUUAAGGCGAAUAAAGAAGAGGAGAAAGAAAAACUGUCAGCUCUGGAACGAGAGUGCGAGCAAUUGCGUGACCAAUUGCAGCAACAAAUCGAUGGGAAUAAAAGGGCACAAGAGGAAAUAAAGUACCUGAGAGAACAAAUAUUAAAUCAAAGUACAUACUGCGCAAGCUUAGGGGCGGUUUUGAGCAACUUAUCAUGGCGCGCCUCCAGGUCCCCAGAGAUUGUCGAUGUUUGGCUUUCCGGGUUCCAGCAUAAGAUCGACGAAUUAUUAUCGAUAACGGACGGAAGUUUCGUUGCGUUCAUGAACACUUAUCGGGACGCGUUCCCUCCAACUUGCAACGUCGAAUACGAGUUUAUUAGCGGUUUGCUAGGCAUCGUGACGAAUAUCUCAGCCACUCCUGAGGGUAGGGAAUUCUUGAUCACCAACAGAAAUGGUCGUGAUUUCGUACAGAAGAUGAUUAAACUCAUGCCCGCUUUGCCGGUUUCCCAGGGUUCCCUUUCUUUACAAAAGCUGAUGUUAAUGAUAUUCUAUAACGUGAGCAUGAACAAGACCGGUUUGCAGCAUCUAUUCGAGUCGCAGAUAUGGGAACCGUUGAACUAUUAUCUGAGAAACAAUUCGUUGCCGAGCAAACUGCAGCUGCUAUGUCUGCGGAUACUACUAUUGAUUACAUACGAUUUGACUAACCCAAAAUAUAUUCAAAAGUUGACCACGACACUGCCGCUCGAUCGAAUAGAGGAUAUCGCAGCUUCGAACGACAACGGAAUGAGCACCAUCGCGAAACAAGUGAUAAAACAUUUGCGAGACUCGCAGAAAUUCCUAAGUUCCAAUUAAAACACGCUACGUAUUAUUUAACGUUGAUCGCCUGUAGUAUUAACGUGCAUAUUAAUUGAAAGUUGCUAAAGAGAAAAAAAAAUUCCGUUGAUGUAACGCGAAUUACACGCAUUGAAGCGAACGAGAAACAGAUAAAUACUCGUAUUCGUGGAAUCGAGCGACGCGUUACAUCGUUUCACGAAUCGAACGGCUAUCAAACAUCAGCGUAUCCUUGAAAACGUGUUCGUGACUAGUCUCGGGAACUGUCGAAUAUCGAUCUGCUUUAAUGCAGCUACAAAAUAAAAGCAAUCGUGCGGAAUGGCGUACGGAACAGUACGAAAAUCGAUUAUGCAUACGGUUAGGCGGUAAAACGUACAUCGAGCGGAUGAAUAUCUUUCUGACCGAUUAAACUGAUUAUAAAGAAGUAUCUUCUAAUUGAAUAAACAUAAUUCGUAGUUCGUUC